CUUCACGCCAUACCUUGAGGAGGCUUAAUUGCCUUGUUCAAAACAAAACAAUAAAUAAAAACUGCUAAGAUGCUAACGGACGACGAUGACUUCUUCUACGAGGAUAAAAUAACUCGGCCAAGCGGCGCCGAGCCAAUGCUCAUCCAAUUAAAUGAGGACUUUGAGGUUCCCAAGGAUGCGGCCCAGGAAUCGAAAUCGUACUUUGAUGCUGAUGCGGAUGCAGAUGCAGUGCAUCUUUGCACCAACUUCGACAUGGCUGCCGAGAAAUUUGGACUAUACAAUAAACAGAAAUAUGAGCUAGAUCGCUUGGGCAUGACUGUGACCACCAAUGCCGUUGUCAUCACCAAGGAUCAGAGCAACCUAAUCGGGAUUAGCAUCGGCGGCGGAGCGCCAAUGUGUCCCUGCCUCUAUAUAGUACAGGUGUUUGAUGGCACUCCAGCGGCACGUGAGGGUUCGCUGCAAUCCGGCGACGAACUGCUCGCCGUCAAUUCAAGCAGUGUAAAGGGCAAGACCAAAGUUGAGGUGGCCAAAAUGAUCCAAACAGCCACCGAUCAGGUCACUGUGCACUACAACAAACUGCACGCGGAUCCGGAGCAGGGCAAAACGCUGGACAUAAUACUGAAAAAGCUAAAGCAUCGCAUCGUGGACAGUUUGUCGAGCAAUACGGCAGAUACGUUGGGCUUAUCCCGUGCCAUAUUGUGCAAUGAUUCGCUGGUUAAACGACUUGAAGAACUCGAGGGCACUGAACUGAUGUACAAGGGUCUCGUGGAGCAUGCACGUCGCAUGCUCAAGGCCUACUACGAUCUGCUGCAGACCUACAAGUCCUUUGGCGACUGCUUUACCCAAAUCUCCGCACAUGAACCGCAACAACGAGCCUCGGAAGCAUUUCGUACUUUCGGAGAAUUUCAUCGUUCACUGGAGAAAGAUGGACUGGCGAUCAUCAAGCAGAUCAAACCGGUGCUUGCCGAUCUGGGCACAUAUCUGAAUAAGGCCAUACCGGACACCAAGUUAACGGUGCGUCGUUAUGCGGAUGCCAAAUUCACAUAUUUAUCCUAUUGCCUGAAAGUCAAAGAAAUGGAUGAUGAGGAACAUGGCUUUGCAGCGCUACAGGAGCCACUAUAUCGCGUGGAGACGGGGAACUAUGAGUAUCGGCUGAUAUUGCGUUGUCGCCAGGAUGCGCGCAGCAAGUUUGCCAAAUUGCGCACCGAUGUGCUGGAGAAAAUGGAGCUGUUGGAGUGUAAACAUGCCAUGGACUUGAAUAAACAGCUGCGCAGUCUGCUCGAAUCCCUUGCAGAGCUGCAUCGUAAUCUCGUGGAGCGGUUGGAUUCGUUGCCACCCCUUUUUCCGAUUGAGGUGGACUUUAAAGCGACCGAUUUCCAAUACAAGUCGAGCACUUUGAAGCCCCAGGAAUUGGAUGAGGACGAACUGGAAGCAAAUAACGAGCCGACUCCCAAUAAUAAAAUUGUUUAUGGCCUGGAAGCUGUCGAGAAACCGGCUCCGAUUAUUCACAUGGAGGCGAAGGAUUCGACUGAGAAUGAAUCGCUGCUGCUCAAGGAGCUGGGACUGCAGGAUGUGGAUCUGUUGUCGAAUCCGCAAACGAUUAGCAAUCAAAAGGAUUCAAUUUCCGCCCAAAAUGAUGGCUACGAUUUUGAUCUGUUCCUGAAUCAAGCAAAUGCAACAACAAGCCUCGAACGGGAUCUGAUGUCGGCGAAUGCCAGUGAAACAGAUUUGCUUCUGCAAUGAACUUAUUUUAUUAUUACUAUUAGUAUGUGUGUACAAAUAAAUAAUUAGUGUAAAAAGCAGUUGGCUCAAUUUUAAA